AUGGCUGCAGUGCAGCAGAAAGCACAAAUUGAGGUCAUCCCCUGCAAGAUAUGUGGAGACAAAUCUUCUGGGAUCCACUAUGGUGUCAUCACCUGCGAGGGAUGCAAGGGUUUCUUCCGCAGGAGCCAGCAAAGCAGUACCGCCUACUCUUGUUCAAGGCAAAAGAACUGCGUCAUUGACCGCAACAACCGGAACCGAUGUCAAUAUUGCCGCUUGCAGAAGUGUUUGGCCUUGGGCAUGUCCCGCGAUGCCGUCAAGUUUGGCCGCAUGUCCAAGAAGCAACGGGACAGCCUCUACGCUGAGGUGCAGAAGCACCAGAAAAUGCAGGAUCAGAUCAGCCAAGCCAAGGGUGACCUGGAGAUGUCGUCCAGGGUACACACCACCAGCGUGAGCAGUGGCCUGUCCGACCUGGACGAUAUUUCUGUGCUGUCAGAUGGGUUGCUCUUCGACCUCCCUUUGACCCCGGAUGGAGACAGCACUGGCUAUAACCUGGACCUGCUGACCUCUACGCAGCCGUCGCCAGACCCAUCCAGUAUGGACAACAGCGACUCCAUGCAUGCCAAGCCAGACGCCCUCUGCGAGUUGGCGCUUGAACCGAGCCCCUUCUCCCACAGCCCUCUCAGUAGCAUCCAGCUGGCCUCAGAUAUAUCAGUGAUGGAUCUUGAAUUCAUGAUCCAGAAUGUGGUCAAAUCACACAUGGACACAUUGCAGUACACCAGCGAGGAACUGAAAGAGCUCACCUUGACAUUUUACUCACAGGAGAGGAUCAAGAACAUGCAAAACAAGAGCUGCGAGGCCAUGUGGCAGGAAUGUGCCCAGCAGAUUUCGAACGCUAUCCAUUAUGUCGUGGAGUUUGCCAAACGCAUCGACGGCUUCAUGGAGCUAUGUCAGAACGACCAAAUCAUUCUCCUCAAAGCAGGUUGUCUUGAGGUUCUCCUCAUUCGAAUGAUUCAGGCCUUCAACCCUUUGAACAACGCAGUACUCUUUGCUGGGAAAUACAGUGGGACACAGAUGUUCAAGCCACUCGGCUGCGACGACCUCAUCAACGCCAUCUUUGAACUGGGAAGGAGCCUCUGCCAGCUGCACCUCUCAGAAGCGGAGGUGGCACUCUUCACGGCUGCAGUCCUCUUCUCGCCAGAUCGCCCCUGUCUUUUUGAGCCAAAGAGGGUCCAGAAACUCCAGGACAAAAUCUACUUGUCUCUGCAGCACGAAACCCAGAAGAAAAAUGUCCAUGAUGACAGAUUAUCCAAGAUCAUUUCCAAACUCCCCUUGAUGAAGACAAUCUGCAAACUUCACUUGGACAAACUGGAAUUUUUCCGCCUCAUCUAUCCGGAGACCGCCACAAACUUUCCACCCCUUUACAAAGAGGUCUUCAGCUCUGAGCUGUACUGCAGUGGAGCUUGGGAGAGUUAA